AUGUCGAUUGUUCAGGAGAAUGCCUGUGCCCUGAAUAUCAAGUUAGACCUCCUCCAGCAACAAAUUAGUCUUCCGGAAAGGCGCUUCGAUGCUGCAGAAGUACCCGGCCACCAUGUGCGCCAGCUCCAAAAUGUGAUCAACUCCAUUUCUGUCACAUCUAAAACGCAGUCCUUGCUGUCAGCAGCUCGAUUGGUGGAAAUACUCUCAGAUCCUAUCCUCGGGAGCGAGCGCCUUGGGUCCUCCGAGGUAAUCAGCGAGCAACAUGUCUCCGAUCAUCUAUGGUUGGUGGCGGCGAAGGCUACAGUUCAAGCAUCGGGAUUGGUGAUGCACUCUCUGCUAGAACGUACCCUCCAGCUCCAGGAAGAGAUUUACUAUUGGGAUGAGGUGCUGGGCUCCGGAUGGUUGACGGGUCUGUAUGCGGCACAAACCUCACCGACCCGCCUGUGGCACUGGUCUAGGGAUAUAUAUGCAGACCAUCGCUCUCAGGGAGUUUUCUCAACGGCUGUAUCGAGGUCUUUUGUGGCAGGCUGGGCCCAGUUUUACCAAGUCGCUCGACAGAGCCUACAGGGUACCUCAGAGCACCCCAAUGUAUGGAAGUGGUCGUCGCCCAUUAGACUUUGCCGGUCAGAGAUCCAGCGAAAACGAGAUCGGCUCGUUGCCGUAAAGGAUCUUCAUGCUAGCAGUCUUGGACUUUUAAUGGAGGGUUGGCAUGCCUUUCGACCAGAAGAUACUGCCGUUCAACUGAAUACCUCACCGGAGGAAUGGCGCGCUACGGUAUCCAAAACAGUUCACCUGACAGAAGCAAUCCUUCAGCAUGUUGCUAGCCAGUCGAACACUGCCAAAUUCGAACAAUCCGUUUUUCAAGCCGUCGAAAAUGAUAACACUCGUGUGCUAAUGCAGGGAAGUCUUCCAUCGCCUGCUCAUCUGCCGAUGGAAUUGAUUCAGCGUCUUAACCAUGUUCUGCUAGAGGGACUCCCGGUCCAUGAGUUCUCCGUCUCAACUUUCAUGAGCCAUGAAGGCCGCCCUUCGAGAGUCGUGCGGUACUGGCUACCUCUUUCGGUGGCAUUGUUUUCAGGUAGUCUGUCAUUGAAUAUUUUAUUCCGACGUCGAUACGAUAUCACUCAAUGGAUCAUGAACAUUGGUUCCACUAUCAUCGAUUUUGGAAGCAACUGGGUGGUAGAGCCAAUCCACAAACUUAUCGGCACUAUCAGACAUGAUGAGAAGAGCGAGAUUGCCAUUAUGAGCAAGAACAGUCUGCUUGCUGAUCGCGCUAGCUUGGAACGUAUGGUUGUUGAUUUUGUGCGCGAUAGACCCGACCCAAGCUGGGGCAGUGCCGGUGAUGAUGAUGCGGCGGCUAUUGUGAAUGCUGUCAAAGAGGGCGACUUGACACCUGUUUUGAAAGCAUAUGAAAGAGAUUUACGUUCUCCAUUCAAGGGAACCGUGCGUGGUGAUCUAGUUCGCGCUCUUCUCAUUCAGAUCCAGAAGACCAAAGUGGACGUGGAAAUUGCCAUUAGUGGAAUCAACUCUCUCUUGAAGAGCCAGGAACUUGUUUUUGGCUUCAUUGGUCUCACACCAGGAAUCUUGGUUUCGUAUACUUCCAUUCAAUGGUUGGUGGGACUCUUUGGCGAUCGCCGGGGUCUACGACAAGGCAAAAAGCGACACGAACUUAAACGCGGACUUCGCCAUGCAACCCGGAUUCUAACGUCGGCAUCUCUAUCCAACGGCGUGAUUUCAUAUAAAGAUUCAGGACGACUCAUAUGUGAAGCUGAGGCUCUGCUCCAACAAUUCAAGGCUAUCCUCGGGAGAGUUCAGUACCGGGAAUUCCGAGAGGAUAUUGAGGACCUUUUGGAUAUCCAAGGAGGAGUUGACAAACAGCUUCAAGUCGUGGAGAGGAUUCGAUGGACCUAUUUCCACUAG